CUUCGAUGCAUCAGUGGGAGGAGCCGGUAGCCGCCGCCGCCACCAAAAAUCCCAAAUUGAACCUCUUCGUUCACUUAUCAAGUGUGAUUUGAGUGAUCCGUGAAUGCUCUUUGAGAUUAAUCCCAGUGUUUGUUCACGGAAAUGGCGACACCAUUUUUAGCAGGGUUGGCAGUUGCCGCUGCUGCACUUGCUGGCAGAUACAGUAUUCAAGCUUGGCAUGCAUACAAGGCUCAGCCUGCUGUUCCUCGGUUGCGUAAAUUUUAUGAAGGUGGCUUCCAACCUACUAUGACCAGAAGAGAGGCUGCUCUUAUUCUUGGAAUUAGGGAGAACACAACACCCGACAAAGUUAGAGAAGCACACAGAAAAGUGAUGGUGGCGAACCAUCCAGAUGCAGGAGGAAGCCAUUACCUCGCUUCAAAGAUCAAUGAGGCAAAAGACGUGUUGCUCGGGAAAACCAAAGGUGGUGGAUCGGCCUUCUGAUCUUUUUGCUGCCGAGUUUCUGGAUGUCCUCAAAAUGGCAGAGAUGGAUGGUGAAAUUUUGAUUUGCAAAUCAGAAGAUCAGUUUGAUUCAUUGUGUACUGAUUAUAUGAUAAUCGGGAACGUAUCAUGCAACAAUAUACAUGAAUUUGAUGCUUGCACUUAACUUUC